GUUACUUUUUCUCUCACAACAGAGAGGUCCUUUGACUUAGAGAAUGGAAAACAACACUCUCUCCUACUUUAACCUCACCAUGUUCAUGAACAUUAGACACUACCAUUAUCUAGCCUCUGUCUUUUUCCUCCUGCUCUACAGCUUUAUUUUGUCUGCAAAUCUUUUCAUGAUGUUGAUAAUAUCACAAGAGAAAACGUUGCAUGAGCCCAUGUAUAUUUUCAUUGCAUUUUUGUGUUUCAACUCUCUGUAUGGUUCUGCUGGUUUCUUCCCCAGAUUCCUCAUGGACCUUUUAUCUGAAUCUCACUUGAUCUCACGUCCAGCUUGUUUCACUCAGAUCUAUGUUAUUUACACAUAUGCUUCCUAUGAAGUGACUAUACUCAGUAUCAUGGCUUAUGAUAGAUAUGUUGCUGUUUGUCAUCCUUUACACUAUCACAGAAAGAUGACCUCUAAAACUGUCUAUGCAUUGGCAGUCCUUGCUUGGAUAUGUCCAGCCUGUAAUCUUACAGUAACUGUUGUUAUGGUUGUCAGGCUUCCUCUGUGUGGUAACAACAUACAGAAGGUAUACUGUGCCAGCUGGAAUAUUGUAAAAUUAUCAUGUGUUACCACUGCUGUUAACAAUCUUCUUGCUAUGUUGGGGGCCAUAACUGCAGCCUUUCUUCCCUUUGCUUUUAUCUUGUAUACUUAUCUGAGAAUUGUUCUUGCUUGCUGGAAAAACUCAGGGGAAGUCAGGGGAAAAGUAUUACAGAGUUGUGUUCCACAUGUUUUGUCAUUUGUGAUUUAUUCCAUCACUUCAUUUAGUGAUACAGCCUUGAGCCGACAAAAUAUGGAAGAGAUUAAUCCAUUUGUAGGCCAUAAUGUUGUCAAUAGAAUUUCUUGUCAUUCCUCCAGUUUUGAAUCCUCUCAUAUAUGGCCUUAAAUUACCAGAAAUUAGAAGACACAUUUUCAGGGUGCUAUGUUUAAAACCCCAAACCAAGAAGAAUUCCUCUAGAACAUUAAAAAAAAUUUCAGGGGCAAAGUGAUCCACAA